UUAUUGGAGCUUAUUUUAUGUCCUAACAUUGAGAAUGUUCCAUGUGCACUUAUGGAGAAUGCUGUUGUUGGGUGGAGUAUUCUAUGGAUGUGUUUGGUUGGUUGGUUUAUAGUAUUGAUCAAGUAUUUGAUUUCCUUGUUGAUUUCUAUAUAGUUGUCUAUCCGUUGUGGAAAGUGGGGUAUUGAAAUCUCUCAACUAUUAUCAUUGAAUUUCUGUUUUUCACUUCGCUUACAUCAGCUUUUGCUUUGUAUAUUUUGGGCUUUGUUUUUGGGUACAUAUUCAUAUUCCUGACCCAUUGGGUGUUACAUCAGUUAUAAAAUGCCCCUCUUUAUCUCUAGUAACAUACGUAGUCUAUUUUGUCUAAUAUUGGUCUGACCACUCUAGUUUUCUUAUGGUUGCUGUUGUAUAUCUUUUUUUUUUUAAGUUUAUUUAUUUUGAGAAAGAGAAUGUGAGCAGGGGAGGAGCAGAGAGAGAGAGAGAGAGAGAAUUCCAAGAAUUCCACUAUCCGUGCAGAGCCUGAUAUGGGACUCGAACUCAUGAACCAUGAGGUCAUGACUUGAGCCGAAAUCAUGACAAUAUAAAUGUAUGUUAAUUCUUUCUUCUCUUAAUUUAAAAAAUUGUUUAAAAACCAAUUGUAUAGAACAGUAUGUAUAUAAUUAUAUUGUUGGGACUAUACCAUUAAAAUAAUAUAUUUGUGAAUAACAACAGAAAGUGAGUAGGAGUAAAGUUGUAUUGCACUAAGGAAAUUACCUUAGAUGAAAUCUCAAAUCCAUAGGAACAAAUGAAGAAAACCAGAAAUGGCAAAUGCAAAAGUAAUGAAACAAAUGCUACAAAUACAUCCUUUGCUCCUUUCUUCUGUCAGUUUCUUUAAAAACCAUACAGUUAUAUUAUGUGAUAAUAACAAGGUAUUGUUGGGUUUCUAAUAUAUCUAGAUACAAUAUAUAGAACAAUAAUAGCACAAAAAUAAAAGUGAGAGGAAAAUGAGCUAAAUAGGAGAAAUGUUUCUAUAUCUCACCCAAAUAAGUUAAUACAGACGUGAAAUAAAUUCUAAUACGAUAUAUAUUGCAAACUCUAUUGUAGCCUAUAGAACCUCUAAAUAUAUGUAUUGAAAAAUUAUAAAGAAAUUUAAGUGUUACACUAGAAAAUACUCACUUAAUGCAGAUGAAAUCAGGGGAAAAAAAGAGAGAAACAAAAAGGAGAGGAAAUAUACAGAAACAAAAAUAAAUGGCACACCUAAACCCAACUAUAUAUCAUGCAAUGUGAAUGGUCUAAAUAAUUCAAUCAAAAGGCAAAAAUGUCUGGGCUCCUGGGUGGCUCAGUCAGCCACUAUUUCUUUGAAUGUUUUUCUGUUUCUUUACCUCUCUCUCUUUAUGUUUCUCUUGUUCUCCCUCUCUGGUACUCACAUUAUGCCCGUGUUGUGGUGCCUAUCAGUGUUCCACAUUUCUCUGAGGCUCUGUUCAUUUUUCUUUAUUCCUUUUUCCUCUCCUUUCUUUGGAUUUAAUAAUCUGUUGAUCUAUCUUCAAGUUCACUGAUCUUUCUUCUACUUACUCAGUUUCACUGUCAAACCCCUCUAGUGAAUUUUUUGUUAUUGUGCUUUUUAACUACAGAAGUUAUUUUUUAUGGUACCUAUCUCUCUAGGGAUAGUCUCUAUUUGGUGAUCUCAUCAUACCUUCCUUUGCUUUUUUAAGAUGGUUUCCUUUUGUCUUUUGAACAAAUAUAUAAUGUUUACUUUGAAGUUUCUGUUGUUAGAAACUAACAUCUAGUCUCUCUCGUGAGUGGUUUCUGUUGCUUUGCCUUUUUUUCCUGUGUGUCACACUUUUCUUUUUCUUUGCAUGUACUGUAAUUUGCUAUUCAAAAGUAAUAUAUUGUAGCAACUCUGGGUACUGUCCCCUAUUCCCUUGAGUGUAUUAUUGUUGUUUGGCUAGAUUGUUAGUGAAAUCUAUUUUCCCUACAAUGGGAAGCCACUGAGUUGCACCUCAGAGGGCACAGCCUUGGUUUUAGCAGGGCUCUCUCUGACUUUCUCUGAAUCCUGUUUAGCUGUGCCUCUCUGUUGAUAACCACACAUAGCUAUUAAGCUCUAUUGGUUGCCAGCCAAUUGCCCUAUUUUUUUCAACAAUGCCCUAGAGCCUAGCUUGCUCCACAGUCUGAUCCAAUUAAAUUUAGGCUCCUUUACUGGUUAAUUUUUUAGGUUUAUUGUUUCACGUUUGUUCUGACAUCAGGAAGACCCUUCUUAGUUAUCUCUUUAUCUGGUUCUCUCUGGUAAACUAGAGCUAGGCCUGUUACCUAUCUUGUAUGGGUCAUGAAGCUACCAUCCUUCUUUUAAUUGUUUAUUGUAUUUGAGAGUGCUCUUACCUUUGAGUUUGCCCAUGCUGUGUUGAAAUAAAGUCAGCUUCUCUGGGGAGAUAUUUGGAGCGGGGACCAGGACUGUGGCAUACUUCUCUGUGGGCAAUAUCCCUGCUUUAGGAGUGGGGUACUAGGCAUGGGUGGUAGCCUUUGAUCUUACCUGCUUACCUCUCCCAGCAUGGAAUAACUCCUACAAAAUAACUAGGGUGAAGGACACUGGGGUCCAGAUAUUUUUAGUGUUCCAUCCCUGAGGUGUAGAGCCUUCCUUUUAUGAGUAGAGAUGAGUAAAAGAAGAAGCCUGGAAACUUUUGGAUACACUUAUCUCAAAUUUGUCCUCUGUUGUAUGCAGCUCAGUGUGGGGGAGAUCAGAAAUGCUGGUGGCCUGCUCCUUCCAGGAAGAUACCGUAGCCUCAACUGGGAGCUUGGGAGAGGAAGAGGCCCUGUGUUGACCACACUGCCUGAUGAACAGUUUUAAUCAAAAGUAACAGUGGCCAGUUGAUGUUGGUAUCUCCUCAGCAAGCUGUGACAAGAGCAGAGACCACUACUAACAUAACUUCAAGGCCAGCUAUACCAACGAAUACUCAUACCGUCAAAAUCUGUACAGUGCCGAAUUCUGGUUCACAGUUAGUUAAGAAAGUGGCAGUGGCACCUGUUAAAAAGUUGGCACAAAUAGGAACUACUGUGGUAACCACGGUUCCAAAGCCUUCCUCAGUACAGUCUGUGGCUGUGCCAACAGCCAGUGUUGUCACAGUUACUCCUGGAAAGCCUUUGAAUUCUGUAACUACCCUGAAGCCUUCAAAUUUGGGAGCAUCACCUGCCCUCUCAAAUGAUCCCAGUCUCAAAGCAGAGAACUCAGCAGCUGCUCAGGCAAAUCUUUCUCCGGCGAUGCUAGAAAAUGUGAAGAAGUGUAAAAACUUCCUUGCCAUGUUAAUAAAACUAGCGUGUAGUGGAUCACAGUCCCCAGAAAUGGGGCAGAAUGUGAAGAAACUGGUGGAACAACUUUUGGAUGCAAAAAUUGAAGCAGAAGAAUUUACUAGACAACUGUAUGUUGAACUCAAGUCUUCACCUCAGCCUCACCUAGUUCCUUUUCUUAAGAAAAGUGUGAUUGCCUUACGACAACUCGUGCCCAACUCCCAGAGCUUUAUUCAGCAGUGUGUUCAGCAGACCUGUAGUGAGGUUGUCAUUGCUACCUGUACCACAACAGCAGCCACUUCUCCCGUGGUGACAACAACAGUUUGCUCCAUCCAGCCUGAAAAACCCAUCAUUGUUUCUGGAACAACAACAGCCAGCACUGUGUCAGUGCCAGCUCUGAAUCCACUUGCUGGCCCAGGGGGAGCAAAACCAGGAGUUGUGACACUUCAUUCUCUGGGUCCACCUGCUGCACCAGGAGGAACAGCAGCUGGAACGGUUUUGCUUCAGACUCCAAAACCACUGGUGACAUCUAUACAGAACACAGUCACAGCAGUCUCCCUCCCACCUGAGAAGCCAGCUGUCUCUGGGGCAGCAGUCACGCUGGCUCUCCCUGCGGUGACUUUCGGAGAACCUUCGGCAGCAGCUGUCUGUCUUCCGUCUGUGAAACCUGUCAUGACCUCUGCUGGGACCACAUCUGACAAGCCUGUCAUUGCUCCAGUCCAGAUAAAACUUGCACCACCAGGCCCCGUCCUUUCUCAGCCGGCUGGUAUUCCACAGGCAGUUAAAGUCAAACAACUAGUAGUCCAGCAGCCUUCAGGAGGUAUUGCAAAACAAGUGACCACACUUCCCCAUUCCUCAGCAUUGACCAUUCAGAAAUCUGGACAGAAGAAGAUGCCAGUGAGCACUGCAAUACCUGCCAGUCAGUUUCCUCCAGCUUCCAUUUUAAAGCAAAUUACCCUACCAGGAAAUAAAAUUCUGUCACUCCAAGCAUCUCCUAUUCAGAAAAAUAAAGUAAAAGAGAAUGGAAUAACAUCUUUCAGGGAUGAAGAUGACAUCAAUGAUGUGGCUUCCAUGGCAGGGGUCAACCUCAGUGAAGAAAAUGCUUGCAUCUUAGCAACAAACUCUGACUUGGUUGGCACACUUGUUCAGUCAUGUAAAGAUGAACCAUUUCUUUUCAUUGGAGCUCUACAAAAGAGAAUUUUAGACAUUGGUAAAAAGCAUGACAUUACAGAACUUAACUCUGAUGCUGUGAACUUGAUCUCCCAUGCAACACAGGAGCGAUUACGAGGCCUUCUAGAAAAACUGACUACAAUUGCUCAGCAUCGAAUGACAACAUACAAGGCAAGUGAGAAUUACAUCCUGUCUAGUGAUACCAGAUCACAGCUCAAAUUUCUUGAAAAGCUAGAUCAAUUGGAGAAGCAGAGAAAGGAUUUAGAAGAAAGAGAAAUGCUACUUAGGGUAGCCAAGAGUCGUUCCAAUAAAGAAGAUCCAGAACAGCUGAGAUUAAAGCAGAAAGCCAAAGAGUUACAACAGUUGGAGCUUGCGCAGAUACAGCAUAGAGAUGCUAACCUCACAGCUCUUGCGGCUAUUGGACCAAGAAAGAAGAGACCACUAGAAUCUGGGUCUGGAAGUGAGGGCUUAAAAGACAAUCUUCUUGCUUCUGGGACAUCCAGCCUGACAGCCACCAAGCAGUUGCUUCGUCCAAGAAUCACAAGAAUCUGUCUCAGGGACUUGAUAUUCUGUAUGGAACAGGAAAGAGAGAUGAAGUAUUCUCGAGCUCUGUACCUUGCCCUUCUGAAGUGACCACUCCAGUCUCCAUCCAGAUCCUUGCUGUUUACUGCCAAAGAAGACAUAAAGAGCAUUGUUGCACUCUCCUGAAAUUUCAGUUUCUGGAAAAUAAUCACCAAUAGGGAAGAUCAUUGUUUACAGUUAUAAACUUUUAUUAAAUCUUACUCACACAUCCCACGGGGUUCUUAAUGACUAGAAUUCAACUUUGUCUUCUGGAAAUUGGUUAUGAAAUACAGUUCACACAGACAUAGGCUUCUGCCUACCUGUGGAUUUAAUUACAGCAAGUUAAGGCCCUGUUUGUUACCACCUGCUUCAUUUGCUGGACUGUAGGCGAGGUGUCUUUCCCUAACACAGCCUGCAUUACGAUGCAGGGGAAAGAAAGGAAGAGUCCCGACUUUCCAAGAUUAUAUUUCAUCCUCUGCUGAACUUGUCUCAAAGUGUUAGGUUUUCUAGGCUGGGAUCAGAAGUUGCUUAGCUAAUUGUGAUAGUCACCUUCUGUAGUUCCAGGUGACAAGCCACAGCGUCUGUAGUGACUUUGGUCAGCCGAGUCCCAGUGUUGUCAAAACGGAGACAGAUGGGGAUAGUUUGUGCCUGUCCCCACAAAGGUGGCUCCUCUCUGGGUCGUCACCAUAUGCUGCUUCUGAUACCAAGUGAGGGGACAUCCUUGUCAGGGAAACUUUAAAAUGGAAGCUGCUGAUAUACCUCACUGAAAAGUGGAAAAGGUGGGAAGUACUGAAAAGAAUGUUGGGGCACUGCAUUCAAACUGAGGAGGGGAAAAUGAGAGUGGAACCUCAGAAUAGGAACCGUGCUGCACAUGCGCCCUCCAUUCCAGUGGUGGGAUUGGAACUCCAGAGCAACGGUACACGUUUUGUUGACAGGACAAAAUCACAGCCCAACCAAAAAAGGAAAAUGUAUCAAACAUUUUCAAAUGUACAGUAUCUCAAAAGGAAGUCGUUAUUUUUUGUUUUGUGUAUUGUUUUAAAUCUCAAGAAGGAUAGUUUUCUAAAAUCCUUUUCAUUACCGCAAGUUUUAAGCAUCUUGUUGCAUUUACAAAAUCCUAAUCGAUGAUUAGAAAUUUUUAACAAUAGGACUCCAUUUUGGAUUCUAUACUCAAAAGGUAAUGUCAGCAUUUCAUUGUUGGAGAUCUUGGCUCUAAAUGUAUUAUGAGGAGCAAUAUAUAUACAUAUAUAUAUAUAUUUUUUUUUCCCCCCAGCUGAGGAGGAAGCUGAUGUUUUGUAAAGCAAACCCUCCUUUCUUUCUUUUAAUUCCGCCUUUGUGGCAUGUAGUUGGUGAAAAAUAAUAGCUGUAUUUAGAAUCCCAUACAGAAAGAACAAGUAAAUCCUCCAAGAAGAUUUUUUAAAAAUGGGAAAGCUGUGCUUCUUAGAAAAAGAAUUCAGGGGGAAAAGAACACACCUCUGGUAUGUUACUCCUUAUCCUGUUCUUCCCAUUGGGACUGUUGUGGCCAUGUUCUAUACUGUAAUAAAUGUUAAAUUGGCCAUUUUUGUUUCAGCAAGUUAUGUAAAAUGCUAUAAAUUAUGUAUAUGUUAAAAGAGAAACUUUCAGAAGACAUCUAUACCUAAAGUUGUUUUUGUAUAUUUAAAUGCUUAGCUUUAUUUUUUUGUAAAGUGCAGCAUAUUCCCAUAUUUGUGUAUAAAUGUUUAAAAUUAUUUCAAAUACUUCAUUAAAAUAAUUAUUUUAUUAUACGAAUAAUUUUGCUCAGUUACUGACUUUGAAAACCAGUAUCUUUAGUAGUAAGCCUCCACACCUGGGGGCUGGGCAGUGGGUCUUACCUGCUGGGCAAUGGAUCUUUCUUGGCUAGGAUUGUUACUUUGGAGUAUCAGCAUUUGGGUUCCAGAACCUCACUUCAAAUCCCAAGUUACUAUUACCACUGUCUUUGGAAUAGUUGUAAAUUUGCAUGCUAUUUGACUCACAAAGAAAGCUAAACAUAUUCAUUACAAAAGCUUUUCUUGGCCCAUCAGUUUUCUAAAAUAUUUUUCAAACCUUAUUUUUAAUAUACAUUUUUAAAAUUUGUGUCGUGAAGUAUAUCUUACAAAAGAACAAGUACAGUGUAUCCAAAGUAUUCUUCUGCUCAGUUUGCAAAAUGGUGGCCUUGGGGUAGAUUUGAUCUAUAAAGGCAUUCUCUGCGACUCAUACAGUGUUUCCCGUGUUUUAAUUUACAAAAAUCUAUAUUUCCACCUCCUUUGAAAAAUCAGAAGAUCUGGAAUCAUUAGGUACCUCCUUGUGUAUGGUAAUCCACUGGAGCCAUCCAGUGCCUGUUCACUUUAGAUGUGGGGGCAUAAAUUUACCUUCCCUUGUCUGAACCCUUCAAGUAUUGACGUUUGUGACCCUCUGCCUUCAAGUAAAUAUUUAUCUUGGGUGAUGAACAG